CAAUAAAACACUGCUUUCUCCUUUUUCAUUGCAGACACAGAUAAAAAGGAGUUUAGAAUUCAGUUAGAAAUGGCUGCUCUAGAGCAUUCUAAUUCUGUUGCACUAUCAAAGGUUGCAAUCUCCAACACUCACGGCGAGGACUCUCCUUACUAUGGUGGAUGGAAAGCAUACGACCAGAAUCCUUACAAUGAGUUGAGUAAUCCGUCUGGAGUCAUACAGAUGGGAUUAGCAGAAAAUCAAGUUAAGUAUGGAAACGAAACUACUGGAAACUCUCAAGUUAAGAUGGCAAGACAUUUUGAACUUAAUCUUGCUUUUGUAGUUGAUCUUCCUGCUGGAAAGCCUCUAGUAGGUUGUAAAUGGGUGUACAAGAUUAAAACUCGAUCUGAUGGUUCUGUGGAGCAUUACAAGGCUCGUUUGGUUGCUAAAGGCUUUACUCAGGAAUAUGGGAUUGAUUAUGAGGAAACCUUUGCACCUGUUGCUUGUCCUACUUCAGUUUGUAGUUUGAUUGCUAUUGUUGCUGCAAAAGGAUGGAAAUUGUUUCAGAUGGACGUGAAAAAUGCCUUCCUAAAUGGUGAUCUUGCAGAGGAAGUUUACAUGCAACCACCUCUUAGACUUGAGCAUCCUCCAAACAAAGUUUGUCGAUUGAAGCGAGCUCUGUAUGGUUUGAAACAAGCACCUCGAGCUUGGUUUGCCAAGUUUAGCACCACCAUUAAUCAGUUUGGUUUUACUUCUAAUCCUCAUGAUAUGGCAUUGUUCAUACACAAGACUAAUCAUGACUCUAAUGAUCGUAAAUUCACCACUGGAUAUUGUCUUUUUCUUGGUGAUUCCUUAAUCUCUUGGCGUAGUAAGAAGCAAACAAUUCCAUCACGUUCUAGCAUAGAGGUCGGAUAUCAAGCUCUUGGAGACACUACAUCAGAGUUACUUAACUUAUGUUGGCUACUAGAAGAUAUGGGUGUUCCUCAACCGCCUACUACUAAUCUUUAUUGUGACAAUCAAAGUGUCAUGCAGAUUGCUCAUAAUAAUGUCUUCCAUGAACGCACUAAACACAUUGAGGUUGAUUGUCACUUUGUUCACCAUUAUGUUGCACAAGGAACUAUUCAUUUGGUUUUCAUUGGCUCUGCUGGUCACGUAGCAGAUCUUUUCACCAAGGCUCAUUUUUUUGGACACUUUCAUGCUCUUCUUUCCAAACUCAAGUUGGUUUCAUCACAAUCACCUUGAGUUUGAGGGGGAUGUUAAGAUGUAAACACAUUUAUUAUAAAUAUUUUAUAUUUUA